AUGGUGCAGAUGCCUGAUGUCCUCAUGUCAAUAUCCGUCGUCGAUGCGCCUUUGGCACGACGCGCAGGAAGAGUGCGCUGCAGCUUCGAGCAAGUAUCAUCUUUGCAAGAACACCUGGACGGUCUUCGUGGUUCCAUCGAGUCCAUGAACGCCGCAUGGGGCAAAAGCCGAGAAGUUAUGGAGCGUACUUACGGAAGAGCUCACGUGUUGAAGCAGCAGUUGGAUUCAACUUGGCAGAAUGGACAGGCCGCGCUUGAUGCAGCUUGCCACAGACUCCGGGACAGUUUAGACAAGGCUGGCGAGGACCGGAUUCUUUGUGAGGAGGCACAGUCUAGUGUGACAGAGGGGCUGCCAGCGCUCUUUCUGAAACGAUUCAAGGACCCAGUGCGCUUUGCCAAGUUUCAGGGAGGAAGUAUCCACGGAUGCCAGCCUUCGAAGUUCGGUUCCGCACCAGGAGACGAGUGCAAUUGUCCAGAUGGCCAUGAAGAGCUUGGGUGCCAGGACUCGACCGACACCUCGAGCUUCCAGCUGAAGUGCAGCAAUCUUCUGAAUACGCAAAUCCCAUCUUCCGGCGCUGUUGACUUCUUCAAGUCAGGUGGAGCCUGCAACAUCACGGCAAAUGAUGAUAUCGUCAAGCAGGUCGUCGAUGACGAAAUGCUGAAGCAUCUGGAGACAUCGGCGAUACCUGCUGACUUCUUCGUUGCAUGCUCGGCGGCCUGCACAUUCCACACCUCUGAACAACGCUUUCGGAGAGGUCCUUUACGGCGACCGUGCCGUAAGCAGGUUGCGAGCAACUUCAUUUGGGUGAGCGGUAGGCACCAGACAGACCACCUGCUUGCAUGCUUUUGA